AUGACUCAUUGACACAAUUUUACUACAGCAUAAACGACUAGAAUUAAAAACAACAAAUUCUCAAAGGUCUAUAUAAGAUCAACAUUGUCUUGAUCAUGCGAUUUUUUAGGAAUAAAGAGGCCUCUCUGGAAACUUGUAAUUUUGAAUAUUAUUUAGAAUAACAAAAUUUUUGUGCAUUUGAUGAAUCUAAACAUAAAUAUUUUGGUCACCACUUUUGACACAUGAGUCUAAUUCACAUUAUUCAUAUGUAUUGUAAGCAAGAUCGUUUUAUCUGAUACUAGUAAACGCCAUUAUUUUCUUCUAGUAUUACUGAAUAAUUGUAUACAACUCUACAAUUGAUAGGUUUGAAUAAACAACAUUUAAAAUCGUUCCAGUUUUGAUAGGUCAACAGAUAUUUAGGGAGAUGUGUCACCUGCUGUCACAUGGAAAAUUCUAUGUGACCGUAUUCUUUGAUUACAUGAUGCUAUAUUUAUAAGUUUUGAAUUUUCGAAGCAUUGCUAAUCAAUGAAAGACAAAUGGCUGCUCAGAAUUUUCAAGUAGUGGUUGCCAUAGACAUUGGAAGCGCUUUCUCUGGAUAUGCAUACAAGUUUAGAACUGACAAUAAGAAAGAUUACACGAAGAAAAUAAUAUGUCCAAUAUGGAAAAAUAACAGUAACAUGGCGGUUGGAAAAACGGCUUCAUCCCUCCUGCUAAAUCCAGAUGGAACUUUUAAUUCAUUUGGAUUCAAUGCUGAGGACGUUUACACUGCAAUGUGUCGAAAAUUUAUUGCCGGGAGUUUUCACGAUGAGAAAUUUCCUGCCAAAGAUCCGAAAGAUUGGUUUUUAUUCAGGAAUUUCAAAAUGGAGCUUUAUGAAAAAGAGAUAAUGCAAAAGGAUAUGAAAAUAAAGGAUACUACUGGCAAGCCGUUUUCCUUGCGGACAGUUUUCAGGGAGUCUAUAGGUUUCUUUAAAAAGCAUGCUUUAAAUGCCAUUACGAGGCAAACAACUGUCCUACCUUCAGACGUUUUCUGGGUUUUGACCAUUCCUGCAAUUUGGAGCGAACCUGCAAAACAAUUUAUGAGAACAGCAGCAGAAGAGGCAGGUAUACCUGCAGAAUCUUUGAUAUUAGCUCUGGAACCCGAGACAGCGGCCUUGUUUACAAAAGAGCAAGAGCUGAUUCGCCAAUCAAAAGACGGAAAAGUCAACCUGGUUCCAUUUGUACCAAAGUCAAAAUUUAUAGUGGUCGAUUUAGGUGGUGGAACGGGAGACAUCACGGUUCACGAAGUUCAAGACGACCACACCCUGCAUGAAAUCAACAUGGCAACGGGAGGACCUUGGGGUGGGAACAGAAUCAAUGAGGCUUUCUUGGAUAUCUGGAAAGAUAUACUUCAGAAUGAAUAUUUGGAAUGUUCCAAAAAUUACCCCGAUGAAAUUUUAGAGUUACAGCAAAACUUUGAAAGACAGAAGAGAAACAUUGGUGAAGAAACUCAAAAGCAGUAUUUAUUUAUCCCUCUCCCAGAAUGUCUUCGUGAAGUCGAUGAUAUUAAAGCAAAAUUACAAGGAUCAAAGAAAUAUUCUGGUAUUCGGUACGCUCGUGGAAAGGUAGAAUUCCCCUUACAAAUGAUAGAAGAUCUCUUUAAGGAGCCUAUUCGUGAUAUAACAAAUCAAAUUAGUAAGUUGAUAAAGAAUAAUGCCGUUGAUGCAAUCAUUUUAGCGGGUGGAUUCUCAGAGUCAACUUUUGUCUACAAAUCGAUCAAAAGUUCGUUCGAGUCUUCGGUUAUAGUGUUAAGUCCACCAGAGUGCAGUCUAUCUGUCUUAAAAGGCGCUGUUUUAUAUGGCUUUCAUCCCGAGCAAAUUUCAAAAAGAGUGAGUAGAUAUUCAUAUGGUUUCAGCAUUAGCAAGCCUUUUGAUCCAGUUCUUCACUGCAGUGGUAGAGAUACGAUUCAUAAAUACAACGAUAAAUUAGAGGACGUAUUUUUACCAAUCGUUCGAGCCGGAGACUCGGUUCUUCCAAACGAGAUGAGAGAAUACAAAUGUAGACCAGCUGACUUUUGUUCAAAUUUUGCACUUGUGGAAUUCUAUGGAACAUUGGACAAAGAUCCAAAGUACGUGAAUGAUCCUGAAUUGUUCAUCCCGGAGAUACCAUGUAAGCACAUUGGAGAUAUCAAAGUAGAAUAUGGAGAUAAGAGCAAUCUUGACAAUAAUGAAAUACUUGUAAAAGUGGUAUUUGGGUUUACCCAACUCAGUGUUUCUGCUGAAUGCUCAAUUGCCGGAGAGAAAAAGCAAGUAAAUGCUCAUUUUGAGUUGCUUAAAUAGCACAUGUUAACAAUUGCUGAAAACAGUAAAAUGUUCUUAACAUUCUUUUGAAAUGGGGAAUACGUCACCCGUCAAGAAUUUACCUAUAACUCUUAACGUUUUCGAGAUACAAUACUUUAGAUUCCUUUAGUAUUAACGUAGGGCACAAAACAAGACUUUUUCAAAAGUCCAACAACUUCUGACUUUAUACAUAUUUUCGCAACUUUUGAAAGCAAAUUAUAAGGUAGGUUAUUUAUAAAUAAAAACUUGUACCGGAAACAAAAGUCGGAGAGGAAUUUAUGACUGGUAGAUAGCUAAAGCAAUGUCCUUAAAAAAGAAUGUCGUCAUAUAUUAUAGCAUAAGUAUUUUACCUGGUUGUGAUUUUUUUUUAUUGAUUUUAUAUAGUUUGUUUUCAUUUUUUUUUUUAAUUUUGAAUUGACCGAAUUUAGUCAAACAAUGUUUAAAAAUGUUGAAAUUUCUACUGCUCCAUUUCUUUUGUUUUGCAGAAAUAAAUGUUUAAAUUCAGAGAUUUUUAUACGAUAUCGAUGGGCAAACAAAUAGAUUACUUAGAAUAUGAAUGAGUUGUUUGAUUAUUAUGUCAUAUAAUUAAUAAUGUUUAUCAUAACUUUAUUUUAAUUUAUAUUUAAUUUAUAUUUCAUAUUUUUUCAUCAAGUAUCAGAAUGAACGUACGUGAACUUCUGAAAAAAAAAUAUGCUUAUUAUGUAUGAUAUUCUUAUGUUAUUGUUAUAAUCAAUCGUUUUAUUUGUUAUAUAUGUUUAAUCAGGGAUUUGUUUUUCCAUUUACAUAUCAAAAAUCCUAUUGAUCAAGACUGUUUAGUCAAAUAUAUAUAAAGAAAUAAAGAAAAUAUAGAUAUUCUUU